AUGACACCCAACUCUCCAGAUGAGGCUAUACACUUUCGCGGCAAGACUCUUACUCCCGAGAGUCCCCGUCCGCUUCAUAUCCCAGAGCCAUCAAAUAUACCUGUGCUAGAAAAUCAGAUGGAUCCUAUCUUCAAUGACACGUCAACCUAUGAGAAGCCUGCUAGCAACAGAAGUGAAGAGCAGCUCUCUCAGCUGAACUCGGAACAUGCAAUAUACCAAAGCGUCGAUGAUAGCCAGAGCAGGAUUGAAGAGACAAGCCACAGCUUGGCUUCAGACUCAGAAUUAGCCAAUCUUCCUAUCAUAAAUUCCCAGUCCACAGCCGUGGACCCUGCGUCUUCAACAGAGCACAAUGUUGGUCCGUAUCAUCAGACGGCUGUACCGACCAAUGCCGAUUCUACCAAAGGCGGCCCAAUUCCACAGCAGCAGGUCUCAUCUAACGGUGAAAAUGUAAAAGCCGAGGCAGGUGUCGAUUUCCAAAAUCUGCUUGAUAAUCUGUCCACUGCACCACCCGCUCCCGCGGUCACUGCGACUGCUUCAUCCCCUUCCAAUAAUGCCGUUCUUCAAGAACACGAACAGCCACCGCAUCCUUCGAUCUCAAAUAAUACAUAUGCAGGUCUACCUCCGCGACCCCCAGCUCAGGAGGUGCCAGACCUAAGCUCCAACUAUACAUCCCCGGAAGAGAAUAGUGAUUACCAUAGGCUCUUUUCCCAGGCGCCCAAUUCAUCUGCCUAUGUAUCCCAGCCUCAGGGUGAAGAUCAGUAUUCAAAUGCCACAGCAUUCGCGCCAGGAGUACCUCCAGGUACGUCUUCGGGAGCAAACGGGCUACCCCCGCCUCCUGUAGCAACGUUUCAGCAGCACCAAACACAGCAGAAGCUGGACUUGUCUCCAGAUAAUAUUGCCCAAGUGAGCCACAAAGGCUCAAGAACCGAUAAAUAUGGCGCACGACCUGGUAAUGUCGCUGAUGAUGAGGCUCCUUGGGGACCAGAAGUACAGAAAAUAUACGACGAGUUUCUUCGUGAGGAGCGCAUUUACGUUACUGAGGGCCUAUGGGAUCGCUUUCCCCAUGGCUCUAGACUGUUUGUUGGUAAUCUCCCCACGGAGCGAGUAACCAAGCGUGACUUGUUUCACGUUUUCCAUAAGUAUGGCAAGCUUGCACAGAUAUCUAUCAAGCAAGCCUACGGCUUUAUUCAAUUUCUAGACGCGAACUCGUGCCAUCAAGCCCUGCAAGCCGAACAAGGGGGUGUUGUGAGAGGCCGAAAGAUUCACCUCGAGAUAUCCAAGCCUCAAAAAAACACACGGCCUGGGCCAGGUCAUUCUGAGUCAGCGCGUGCACCCCUACCAAGACGAUCUAGGUCGCCCGCAGACACCUUUCGUGGUGGAGCUUCACAUAGUCGUGGAAUGCGCAAUCAGGGCGGAGACCGUCAUGAUCGCGCUUAUGAUGGUAAACGAGGAAAUUUCAGUGAUUUCAGAGACGAGCACAAUCCGCGGCGUCGUGACGACUACCGACCCCCCAGAUCACCAUCACCACGCCCUUUCCGCAACCGAGAGGGCGGGUUUCGUUCAAGAGAUCGAACACCGGAGAGAUUUGAGCGACGUGAUAGACGCAGAUCACGAUCCCCUUACGGCAGAGAUAGGCGAUUUAGAAGUCCCAGCCCUCGAGGACGGUCGGGGUAUGAUGGCGAGACUGAGCUCGCAUUCUCUCGCCGUACGCCGAGAGAUGUGCCUGACUUGCAGAUUUUGGCCGCUGAUGAUGUCGAAAUGAGUUUCGUGUAUCACGUUGAAAACUCGUUCAAAACCCGGGGGCUUCGAACAAAUGUAUUGGUGCUAUCGCGGAUUCCAGUGGAUGUAGCAAUCCAAAGACAAAUGGAAGAAGGCGUUUCUGCAGUGAUAAAACUCACAAGAAGCCAACAAUUUUCGGGAAAAGUUACACUGGUGGUGUUUGAUCGCAGCGUUGGCGCUGGCAAUAAACCUCGCUCAAUUGAAUAUCCAGACCUCGAUCUACAUGUAGCAGUUGAAAUGACGGUCCAGUUCCAGUCGGUACGCCGAGCUGGUGUCACUCAAAACUAUUAUCCAUCCAACCAGACGUUUCCUAUACCCGGUCAAUACCCUCAGGCGAUCCCUCAUGCGCAGCCAGCCAUUCCGGCUCUUCCGCAAACAAAUCAAAUUGCAAAUUUCAUAUCAACACUCGAUGGACCUGGCUUGCAAUCGCUGCUAAGCACGCUUCAGCAAGCGCAAUCCGUCCCACAGGCAGUUCAGCCACCCAUCCCUGUUGCACCAAAUGCCACCAAUCCAGUUGACCUUGCAAGUCUUUUGAACAAUGCUCAUCGUCAACAAAAUCCACUUGCAACGGCUCAGAACCAAGGGCCUUUGCCUCACGCUAUUGCCAAUCCAUUUGGUCUGCCCCUUCCUGCCCAGGUUUCCAGUCGCCCAGAUCCAAACCUUCUUGCACUACUAGCAAAAGGCGCAGGAAAUGCAAAUCCCCCACAAGGUCAGACACAACAUGUGCAAAAUAUCGUCAAUCAAUUAGCCAAGUGGAAGCAGUAG